UCACGAGCACGGCAUCCCGAUGCUACCGGUCACCGGUCCCGAGGGUUCGUCCUGCAAUUUAAAUGACUGCGACACGCAGCAAAUGUCUCUCGGGCUCGGCCAACAACACCGGCUUACCCGCAGCUUGGUCUCCGUCGGCUCCGUCGUCUGCCGAAUAUGUCACACGAACACGUCCAAGGAGCAGCUCAUUUCGCCUUGUAGGUGUAAAGGAUCGCUGGCGUACGUGCACCUGGCGUGCCUGGAGAGAUGGUUGAAUCAAUCGUGCCGAUCGUAUUGCGAGUUGUGUCGUUAUCACUUCAACGUUAUCGAAACGCCUCGUUACCGAUGGCCAGAAUCGUUGAGGAUAUGGAUCACCCAUCCCAGGAAUCGUAGAAACAUACAGUCAGACUUGCUUAUCUUCACACUACUUUCCGUCGUUACCGUGGGUUUGGUAACAGUUUGCCUCCUAGGACCAGGUGUCGCCGUGGUACAGAUGGUGGAAGAGCACCGUCAACGUGCGGCUCAUCAGGGACCCUCAACUCUUCAGGCCGCCCUCCGAAUCGUUUCAACCUCACGAGGGUCAAACGUUGCCCGGUCCGGACGUGCACCAGUAGCAACCCCCUAUCCAGCGUCGAAUAGUUAAGAGUCCUGCGCUGCGAGUAUGGUAAUUAACCG